UACCACAAACAAUAAAAAACCUAGUCCCUGAAACUGCCGCUAUCUUCACCAUUCCAUUAUCAAAUCAUCCAGAUCCUUCUGGAUUUUUCACCAUCCUCCCUCCCUAGUCAAACUAAAUAAAUCUCACUCAACUCCAUCAUCUUCAAUCCACAACAACAAUGUUCGGAGUCGUCUUCCCCAAUCGCAGUUUCCCCAUCGACAUCUCCACCUUCAAUCAAAUCGACACUUUCCACUGGCUCCUUGACAUGAACACCUUCGUCGGUGAAGCCUACGAUUCAAUCCGCGAAGUUUGCAUAUUCCUCCUCAACAACUUCACUCUACCCGCCGACAAAGCCCUAGCCGUCUACAUCCAAUCCCCUGGCUCCCCCUUCUUAUUCGUCGGUGCCGUAACCCUAGCUCGCCCGUCCGCCGUCCUAUCGUUGCCGUGGCCGGAGCCAGGCGGCGACGGAGCUAAUAACCAUCUCACUGCACCCGGUGCAGCACCGCUUUCCGCCAAGAUCGGUGUUUCGGUAGAGGAUCUGGCGUCGCUGCCGUCGCUCGAUGUGGCGGCGGAGAAGAAGAUCGAGCGGCUGGCGAUGAAAGUUGGAGAGAAUUUGUUUAAUUUUAUGCAGUCGUUUUGUGGAGUUGAUGGGAGUAAGCUGGUGGUGCCGAUGGAUAUAUUGGAUCGGUGGUUUAAGAAGUUUCAGGAACGGGCGAAACGCGAUCCCGAGUAUUUGAAGGGCUUUGCUUUGUGAGAGAUAGAAGGAAUGGUAUCGAAUCAAUGUAAGUCAUGAACAACAAAUUGGGCACAGAGUUUGUUAUUUAGUUUGGUAGUUGAUUUAUGAUGUGUAACAGAGGUGGUUCUGUAUGUUUAAUUGAGUUUUUGUUUAUCAAGUUUUGGAGUGCUGUUUUAGAUUGAGUUAAUGAGUUCAA